UGCCCUGAACACGACCUAAGAACGGAGUAAAAUCUGUUGGCGAGAAAACCCCCUUCGUCUUCUCAUGUGACUUUGGCGUAAACAGGAAGCAGCUGAUCUUGACUUCACUGCUGCUUCUACCAGUAAUGUAACGUUAUAGAACUGUAUUCUUAAAAACAAAUACAAACUAUAGGCGAAAAUUGCUUGAAUUUGAGUAACCGUUCUACCUUGUCGCUCUGACGGAGAGCUGCUGCAUACACUGAAUAAAGUCACCUGACUUGCAGCUCAGAGAAAUACUCUACAUCGUGUCUGCUGAGGGGGAUGUCAAGCACAGCAAUGAAGAAAAAGGUGUUACUGAUGGGGAAAAGUGGGUCUGGGAAGACCAGUAUGAGAUCAAUCAUCUUUGCCAAUUACAUAGCUCGAGACACACGCCGCCUUGGAGCUACAAUUGACGUAGAGCACUCCCAUGUACGGUUUCUUGGCAAUCUGGUUCUAAACCUGUGGGACUGUGGAGGACAGGACACGUUUAUGGAGAACUACUUCACCAGCCAGAGGGACAACAUUUUCAGAAAUGUAGAGGUGCUUAUUUAUGUAUUUGAUGUUGAGAGCCGUGAGCUGGAGAAAGACAUGCACUACUACCAGUCUUGUCUGGAGGCCAUCCUGCAGAACUCCCCCGACGCUAAAGUGUUCUGCCUCGUUCACAAAAUGGAUCUGGUGCAGGAAGAUCAGAGAGAUUUGAUCUUUAAGGAGCGUGAAGAAGAUCUGAAGAGACUGUCCAGACCUUUGGCUUGCACGUGCUUCAGGACAUCAAUCUGGGACGAAACCCUGUAUAAGGCCUGGUCUAGCAUAGUGUACCAGCUCAUCCCAAACGUCCAGCAGCUGGAGACGAACCUGAGAAAUUUUGCGCAGAUCAUAGAGGCAGAUGAAGUUCUUCUGUUUGAGAGAGCCACCUUCCUGGUGAUCUCCCACUAUCAGUGCAAAGAGCAGCGCGAUGCUCACCGGUUUGAAAAGAUCAGUAACAUUAUCAAACAGUUCAAACUCAGCUGUAGUAAACUGGCAGCCUCUUUCCAAAGCAUGGAAGUGAGGAACUCCAACUUUGCGGCCUUCAUUGACGUCUUCACCUCCAACACAUAUGUCAUGGUCAUCAUGUCGGACCCCUCCAUUCCAUCUGCAGCCACUCUCAUCAAUAUCCGUAAUGCUAGGAAACACUUUGAGAAGUUGGAGCGGGUGGAUGGACCCAAGCACAGCCUGCACAUGCGAAUGCGCUAGCCAGUGCAUUUGUUCCAGUGGAUACUCUCAGCCAAUCAGUCCACAGACCGCAGCUGGCAUGUUGCGGUCUUCCAGCUCUGAAACGUAUGAGCAGCACUGUUUCCUCUAUAUUUUCACAUUCAAUCACAGUUCUUACAGUUAUUAUAGAAAUCAUAUUUUCUUUUAGUCUAAUUUCUACAGUGAUCAUAGGUAUCUUGAACAGCAAUACAUUCUGUUGGAAUAUUUGCCCUAACUCAAUGUAAUAAAGUAAAAUGAAUAGUUGUGUUUACUAUGAAGGGGGCUACCUUUGCUGUCACACUUUGUCGUAUACAGUAGAUUUGUUCACUCCAUGCAGUGAAUCCCAGUGGUCUGGGGAUGUUGUCUCCAAAUGAUAAGCAGCAGAUUUGCAGUUUGUAAGCUGUUACACUUUUAAAGUACGAACAAUAUAGUUAUAUUCAGAAAAAUAAAUGUGACGUGUUUUUUCUGCUUCAA